AUGGGUUCCAGAUUCCCAUCUCAUCAGCUCAGCAAUGGUCUAUACGUAUCAGGCAGGCCUGAGCAGCCAAAAGAAAGAGCACCUACGAUGGGCUCAACGGCCAUGCCCUAUACUGGUGGCGAUAUCAAGAAGUCGGGAGAGCUGGGGAAAAUGUUUGAUAUCCCUAUGGACGGGUCCAAGUCUAGGAAAUCUGGACAACUAACCAGUGCCCCUUCAAGGACUGGAUCAUUUGGAGGUGCUGCUUCUCAUUCAGGUCCCAUUAUGCCUAAUGCUGCAGCUCGAGCUAACUAUACGACAUCAGGUCCUGUAUCUUCUGGAGGCAUGACUGGUUCUACUUCAGUAAAAAAGACUAAUUCUGGGCCACUCAAUAAGCAUGGGGAACCAUUGAAGAAGUCUUCUGGCCCUCAAUCUGGUGGAGUGACACGUCAGAACUCGGGCCAUAUUCCACCAGUUCUUCCCACAACAGGUCUUAUCACGUCUGGACCCAUAUCUUCAGGUCCACUAAAUUCCUCUGGGGCCCCUAGAAAGGUAUCUGGACCUUUAGAGUCCAUGGGAUCAAUGAAAUUACAAAGUUCCUCUGUUGCUCACAAUCCAGCAGUGACUACUCUUGGCCAAGAUGAUUAUUCUUUCAGAAAGAACUUCCCAAAGACAAUAUUGUGGUCUGUGAUACUGAUAUUUGUGAUGGGGUUCAUAGCUGGUGGUUUUAUUCUUGGAGCGGUCCACAAUGCCAUACUCCUUGCUGUUGUGGGAAUUCUUUUCGCUGCAGUUGCUGCUUUGUUCACUUGGAAUACUUGUUGGGGAAGAAAUGCUAUCGUAAAUUUCAUUUCUCGUUAUCCUGAUGCUGAGCUCAGAACUGCUAAAAAUGGGCAAUAUGUGAAAGUCUCUGGGGUGGUUACCUGUGGUAAUGUGCCCCUUGAGUCAUCCUUCCGGAGAGUUCCUAGAUGCGUGUACACAUCUACAAGUUUAUAUGAGUACCGAGGAUGGGAUUCAAAACCAGCAAACCCUACACAUCGUCGAUUUACAUGGGGACUUAGAUCAUCAGAGAGGCACAUAGUGGACUUCUACAUCUCUGAUUUCCAGUCUGGGUUGAGAGCAUUAGUUAAGACUGGCUAUGGUGCAAGAGUUACUCCUUAUGUUGAUGAGUCUGUCAUUAUUGAUGUUAACCCAGAAAACAAAGACAUGUCUCCAGAUUUUGUCAGGUGGUUGGGAGAGAGGAAUCUUUCAAGUGAUGACCGUACGAUGCGAUUGAAAGAAGGGUACAUCAAGGAAGGUAGCACAGUUAGUGUGAUGGGAGUUGUCCAGAGAAAUGACAAUGUGCUUAUGAUUGUCCCUCCACCAGAGCCUUUGACAACUGGAUGCCAAUGGAGCAAUUGUACUUUUCCGGCUAGCCUUGAAGGGGUUGUUUUGAGAUGUGAAGACUCAUCAAAAAAUGAUGUCAUACCCGUUUAG